CACGGGCUCGCUCUCGGCAGCCGGAAGGGGCGUGGUGCUGGUGCGCGCGCAGCAGGCGGGAGAUAGGAAAUAACAAUAAGGCCCGAAAGGUACACCCGGUUUCACCCGAAGAUGCAUCAUGGCUAGACGGGCGCGCAGUGAGGAUCUUGAAGACUUGCAAUAUCAAGACACAGACUCGGAUGUCCCAGAGCAGAGGGAAAACAGAGUGAAAGUGAAGUGGAGUUCGGAAGAGGAUGAGAAAUUAAAAGCUUUGGUGAAGAAGUUUGGACAAGGUGAAUGGAAAGUGAUAGCCAGUCAUUUGUCUAACCGAACAGAGCAGCAGUGUCAGCACCGAUGGCUUCGUGUUCUUCACCCAGACCUCGUGAAGGGCCCAUGGACAAAGGAGGAAGAUGAGAAGGUAAUCGAACUUGUUAAGAAGUAUGGCACAAAACAUUGGACCCUCAUUGCCAAACAACUCAAGGGAAGAAUGGGCAAGCAAUGUCGUGAGCGCUGGCACAACCACCUCAAUCCGGAAGUUAAAAAGUCCUCCUGGACAGAGGAGGAGGAUCGGAUUAUAUGCCAGGCGCACAAACUCCUCGGGAACCGCUGGGCUGAAAUUGCCAAACUUCUGCCUGGAAGGACGGACAAUGCGGUGAAGAAUCACUGGAAUUCAACCAUUAAGCGUAAAGUGGAAACGGGAGGAUUUUUUAAUGCAAGGAAGAGCGUUACUCUGGGGGAUCAGGAAGAGAAGGAAGAUUCUGGUUAUCAGCCAUCUGGGGAGCAGCAGAGGGAGCAGUGCCCAGCCACCCCAGAAAGGAAAGGCGAUGUUUUGGGAAAUAGCAGUAGCUGUGAAUCUCCCAUAUUGCCAAACAAGUUGGAACAGCUCAGUGAGGCGGACGAGGCAGCAAGCUCAGAAUCCAGCUCGGCGCCACCUUCUGUAGGUUCUGGUCCAGAGAAAUGGAUGGUGGAAUAUGUCAACUUCCUGGUGCCAGGCUCUGACAUGAUGGAACCUGACACUGAUGGCUGGUGUGACUUGACAAAUUUUGAUCUGGGAGAAGACUCUGCAGUUAGUGAUGUUGGCAGCCCUACCUGCAGCAUCCCUUCCUCCGAGAAACCUGAAGGGUCCAGUGUCACCGAAUAUAGACUAGAUGGGCAUACGCUGUCUGACCUGAGCAAAUGCAGCAAAGGGGAGUUAAUCCCAAUUUCUCCCCGGCCUAGUGCUGCCUUUGGGACACCGCCUUCCCUCUUAAAACUGCAAAAGAAGAGAAGGAUCACGCUGUCACCUGUCACCGAAAGUAGGACCAUAGGCAACACCUCUAUUGCGGAGAGCAGCAUGACUCCCAAGAGCACACCUGUAAAAUCCCUACCUUUCUCUCCAUCGCAGUUCUUGAAUUUCUUGUCAAAGCAAGAUGCCUUAGAACUUGAGAACCCUUCACUCACCUCCACGCCGGUGUGUAGUCAGAAGGUGGUGGUGACCACCCCACUCCACAGGGACAAAACUCCCCUGGUGCAGAAGAACUCAGCAUUUAUCACGCCGAACCGGAAGUUCAUGGGAGACUGCGCUCCCCAUACUCCCACUCCGUUUAAAAACGCCCUGGAGAAGUUUGGGUCUCUGAAGCCUCUGCCUCCCACCCCUCACCUCGAAGAGGACCUGAAAGAGGUCUUGCGACGGGAAUCUGGCAUAGAGUUGAUCAUCGUAGAUCAACCGAAGUAUGAGCGACAGAAGAGGAAACCAGGGCAUCCUAACAGCCCUAUUAAAAAGGUGCGGAAGUCUCUUGCUUUGGAUAUAAUGGACAACGAGACAAGGACGGCUACCCUGUCCCUCUCAUCUGCCUCAACAACCAAGGCACAGAAUCAAGAUUGUGAAAGCUUUCUGUCGGUCUCUCUGAACGAGUCCUCCUGUAGCAGCAGAGAAGAGAACAGUCUCCUCAAUCAGGGAUUUGUACAUGUCAAGAGCGGCAGCAGCGCCAACGCGCAGGUUGUCGAGCUGUCACAGCCACAGACUGACAUUGGGGAAAUGGUCAAAACACAAGAGAACGCCUUUCUAAAGACUGAUAAGGCGCUGCUGACAGAGAAGCCGGCCACAGUUGUAAAUAAGGACUCUUGCCCAAGUUCAGCCGCAGACCUAGACUCUAUUGUUGUGGCCGCCUUGAAUUCCAGCAAGGUUGCGGCUUUGAAGACUGAAUCGGCAGUGGAAAUAAAAACAGACAAACCGAAAUUAGGCCGGUCGCAAAGAAUGAAGAUUCCAGAGCCUAUGACAACUGCAUGGAAAACCAUUGCGUUUGGUGGCUCUAAGGACCAGUUGUUAAUGCAGGAGAAAGCAAGGGCAUUAUUAAACUCCUUCAAACAAUCCUCCACCUCGAGAACCCUCAUCAUGUCCUGAUGACUAUAUGACUACAUGCAGUAAAGGACCCGACCAUGUUUCUCUGGAUCACACUUUCCUCAUUCUGAAGCCGUCUUCGAUGCACUUACAUGUUUACCGUAAGUGGCGGAUACUGGCGGCUCUGUACAAGACGGGACUAAUUGAAUUUUCCAGUUUCCCUGUGAUUUCUGCUACUAAUAGGUGUAUUGUUCCUUCACAUGGAGUACAUGGCAAACUAACCACACUUCUGCACAAUGAGGUGACCGGUUACCUGUAAACAUCGGGCUUGGACAUUUAGUUAUAGAAUUCGUACAACGGUAGUCACGGAGACUAAAAUAAAAACUCCAUUGCUAUCAUGGAUGGGGAAGUGGAAAAACUGGAGAGACAAAUCAUGGAGUACUUGUUCUUUGGAUAUGAUUAUCUUGCCUGUGCUAAUCAAGACACGUUCACAAAUUUUAAAAUCUAAUUUUAUUCAAAGUAUUAUUGAAUUCCGUUUUCGAAUUUCGUAAUGCAGAGCUUCAGAGACCCAGCAUGGCUUCCACGCUGUUACGAAGGGCUUUUUUGAGAGUGCUUCUUUAUAAAGGUUUCUAUAUAUGUCCUUUUUUAAAGAAAAGGGGUGAAAAAAGACCCUAAAGACAAAUUUCUGUACAUCUGCUGAACAUAACUCUUGGAAAACAUACUUCACAUUGGAUUUUGGAUGCCAGUUUCCACCUUCUGCGUUGUUUCUCACAGAAAAGCAUUCUGAAAAAUUAACUUGUGUUUUAUGAUUACAAAAAUGUUCACAUUUUUGUGGACUGGCUUUCUCCACCUUUUUAUGGAUUAAAUGUAAUCUAAAAAAAGAGUCCCAGGAGUUUCAAUGCUGACAUCGUACUGAAGUUUCAGAAGAUAACAGGUUCCCUCUGUAUUUCCUGACUGGUCCUCAAAGCCAGAACUGUCUUCCCAGCCUCAUGAAUAUAAAUUACUUGCGUAGUUUAAAAAGGAAAUUCCAAGAUUAAUCUCUAUCAGGACAGCCUUUAGGUAGGUUCACCCCCCCCGGCCCUUUCUUAAGGCUAAAGGGUCACAAUAGACUUUUCCAUGGGCCCAGCAGGACGGCUCUGAUCCCACUACUCCUGCCUGUAUGAUCUUCUCAGGGACCAUCUAUUCUGUUUCCGAUAGCAGAACUCUAUAGGAUAAAAGUUUUAUACCAGCAAGCUUUUUGUAGGGGGAAGUGUCAUUGUCACGGGUUUUAGUACGAUUAAAUUAUCGAAAGGAUCUGUGCCUUGUAUUUUUUUCUUUUUGGCAAUCAGUGUGAAUUAUUUAGAUUAAAAGUAAGGCAACUGUUUUGUCGUACAGAGACAGAGCGGUUUGGAAGUCCCUUCCCUUCUACUACCACAACACGGGGCAAAAAGGCUUCCUACGAGCAGGGACAAUAACCUAAUAAAAGGGGAGAAGUCAUCCUCUGGUGGAGAAGAUAAGAUCGCUGCUCCCAACGUAUAUGCAAGGUAGAUUUCUAGUAUAUAUCUUAUUGACUUCAGUUAAAUGUUGACAGUGUGAAAGUAAGGCAGUGAGCUUGUGACACGCAAUACAAUCAUUAUUACAUGUCCUAUGUGUUGGUGGAAAAAUGUGUGGCCCCCCCAGCUGGAAUUUUGGGGUGUUAUGCUCUUACUCCAGCCUUUACUACUUAUCAAAUUGCAAUUUGUAUAAUCACAAAGCUUCUUAACAUUUAACGUUGAAUUGCUUCCAUGAUUAAACACAACUUCGGUCUCCCCAUUUGCUGAUCUUUGUCAUAAGGAAGGACAUUUUAAUAAACCAUUCCGAUUUCCGUGUGGUUGGGCGGUGGGAUAAGCAUAUUUUUUGGCAGGUAAUUGUAUGGUGCUACCCUUUUCGUUUUUAAUUGCUAACAAAAAUAAAUC